AUGUUCUCCUGGUCGUCUAUCCUCCCGGAUUUCACCCCGCUAGACCCCCAUUCCCUCUGGUAUACCUCCUCCCGCAACCCAAAUCUCUCCCUUUCCCCCUACGACACUUCCGCCGAAGGCGUUACCAACCCAACUGCCCCCGCCACAACCCCCAAUGCCGCUACGACAACAGGCACACCCCGCGCCCCAACAGGCCCCUCCAACCCCGCCCUCACCGCCGCAAUAAUCGAGCGCUCCAUGCUCGGCCGGCUGCGCGCCGACGAAGCUUUGCUCGAGCGCCGGCGCUCCGCGAUCGCGAACUAUGGCAGUACGUGGCUGAAACCACCUGGUAUUUCCAAGACAUUGUUCCAGAUGCGCGAGGAGAGGAGGGAGGCCGAAGAGCAGGCGGAGGCUCUGAGACGAGAGAUGCUUGCGCAGGAGUUGGCCGAGGCAGAAGCUGCGGCGGCUGCGGCGGCUGCGGCGGGGGUUGAGGGGGAUGUAACCGGGUUAGAGGGGGAAAUUGGGGGUGCAAGGGGAGAUGUGGAGAUGGAAGGGGAGGGGGAGGGGAUGGAGAGGGAUUUGGAUGAGGAGAUUCCGGAUGCGGAUGCGACUGGGGGGUUGUUUGGGUAUGAUGGGAAUAGUGAUGAUGAGGAGGAGGAGGAGGAGGAAGAAGAGGGUGAAGAGGAAGAGGAAGAGGAAGAAGACGAGGAAGAUGAGGAAGAGUCAAGCCUCUCCCGGAUUGAGGCGAUACAGCAGCGUCGGGCGCAGCGGCACGAGUUGGCCAACCGCAUGGCAAAUAUGCGCGCGACGGAGGACCGCAUGCGGCAAAUGCUGGUUCGUGGGGGGGCCGGCGGGCAGGAGUCUGAGGAUCUGUAUGAGGGCGAGGACGACUUUGACGAGGAAGAGCACGCGCAGGUAUUGGAAGAAGACGAUUUUGUCGGUGGCAGAAGCAGUCCUAGCCGGAGCCGUGGCGGUACUUACUCACAUCAUCAUCGGCAUCAUUAUCACCACCAUGUUGAGGUUGAUCCUAACCUUGAUAUGGACAUGGACGCCAAUCUGGAUGAUGAUAUCCCCGAGGCUGAAGAGCUUAGUCGCUAUGAACAUACUGACUCGGAGGCUGAGGUUUCUAGCGAGGAGGAAGGCCCCGAGGAAGAGGAAGAGGAAGAGGAAGAAGAUGAAGAGGAAGAACAAGCAGAGCUGCAGGGAGAAGAAGAGGAGCAGGAAGAAUUGGACGAAGAAGAGGAAGAAGGAGACGAUGACGAAGAUGAUGGUCACGGUCGCCGGCUGAGUUAUGCCCGUAGCUCGCGGGUCCUUGGUCGUAGGGCUUUCCAGCGCAGCACCCAUGGGCGGCGGUCGAGCCUUGAUAUCAGCGGCUUCCUUUCACAUGAUGGGAGCAGCUUCUUGGAAGACAAUUCACACCUCCGAAGGGGCUAUCAUGGCUAA